AUGGAACAAAGAAAAUUAGAGGCACGAAGGGCGACACGACGAUGGGUCUGUAUCGCGGUUGCUGCGCUUUUGUGGAGCGUAGCUUCGGCACAGAUAAGAUAUUCUAUAUCUGAGGAAGUGAAGGAAGGCAGUGCGGUCGGAAAUGUUGCUAAAGAUCUGGGGUUAGAUAAAAGCGCAUUGAAAGACAGGAAGUAUCGGAUUGUUUCGAGUGCAACGGACCCGCUUUUCCGUUUAAAUCAAAACGAUGGGAUCCUGUAUGUGAGCAAAAAGAUUGACAGAGAGGACGUCUGCGAAAGGAGCAGUACAUGUUUGAUAAAUCUGAAAACCGUGCUGGAAAAUCCACUGGAGGUCCAUUAUAUUACUGUGGAAAUUUUGGAUGUAAAUGACCACUCGCCCAGCUUUCCCGAGUUAGAAAAAACGUUAGAAAUUUCUGAGUCUGUCUUAAGUGGAACAAGCUUUCAGCUACAAGCGGCACGGGAUCCAGACAGUGGUCAUUUUUCCGUGCAACAUUAUAAACUCAGCCCAAACGACCACUUUCGACUAGAAGUUAAAGAUAAAGGAGAAGAUGGUAAAAUACCUAUAUUAAUUUUACAAAAACCUUUAGACAGGGAAUCUGCGGGAAGCCACUCAUUAGUGCUGACCGCGCUUGAUGGGGGUAAACCUCCGAAAUCUGGCGAAAUGAAUAUUCUAGUAAAUGUUUUGGAUGUGAAUGAUAACACACCUGUUUUCACUAAAGACGUUUAUUCUGUGAUGCUCAUUGAAAACGCACCAGUAGGCACAACCGUCAUACAAGUGAAUGCAACUGAUUUAGAUGAAGGACCAAAUGGAGAUGUCAUUUACUCUUUUGGCAACAGUGUAAAUCGGAGGUUAUUCAAAUUCUUUGAUAUAAAUCCGUCAACAGGUGAAAUAAUUGUCAAACAUCCAAUAGACUACGAGCACAAGGACAAAUAUGAAAUUGAAAUACAGGCAUCAGAUAAAGGUCUUGCUCCCCUAACAACAGAAAAAAGCGUCAUUAUUAAGAUAGUUGACGUGAAUGACAAUGCACCUGAGAUUGAGGUAACGUCAUUUUCCAGAUCCAUCCCUGAAGACUCCAGACCUGGAACUACAGUUGCCCUUAUCAGUGUCAGUGACUUGGACUCUGGUCAUAAUGGAAAAGUUAUUUGCUCCAUAGGUGAGGAUGUUCCAUUUGCUUUAUCACCAUCGUUACAAGACAAGAUGUAUUCACUAGUGACCAAGUCUCCUCUGGACAGAGAGAAACAGUCACAAUACAUUAUAACAGUAACUGCAAAAGACGCUGGUCAACCUCCACUAUCCUCUGAAAAGACAAUAAGUGUUGCAGUGUCAGAUGUGAAUGACAACAGUCCAGAGUUUUCAUUCAGCCCCUAUACUUUCUAUGUCACUGAAGCUAAUGAGCCCGGUGCAUCUUUGUUUUCAGUGAAAGCGUUUGAUCGUGAUGAGAAUGACAAUGCACAUAUUUCCUAUCAUAUUCUCAGAGAUAGAAGCGAAGAUAACAAACUGACGUCAUUUCUCAGUAUGAACUCUGAUAAUGGAGACAUUCUGGCGCUAAAAAGUUUUGACUUUGAAACAUUAAAAACUUUCCAGUUCCACGUUGUUGCGUCAGAUUCUGGAACUCCAUCACUAAGCAGCAACGUCACAGUGAACGUGUUCAUUCUGGAUCAGAACGACAACGCUCCAGUCAUCCUGUAUCCACUGAGCUUUAACGGAUCUGCUGAAGGUGUGGAGGAGAUUCCCCGCAAUGUGAACGCAGGACACUUGGUGACUAAAGUCAGAGCCUAUGACGCUGAUAUAGGAUAUAACGGCUGGUUACUGUUUUCACUGCAGGAAGUUACUGACCACAGUCUCUUUGGUUUGGACCGCUAUACAGGACAGAUCAGAACACUACGCUCAUUCACAGAGACAGACGAGGCUGAGCAUAAACUGGUCAUACUGGUCAAAGACAAUGGGAACGUUUCACUCUCAGCAACAGCUACUGUGAUUGUCAAACUUGUGGAGCCCAAAGAGGCUUUUGCAGCUUCUGAUGUUAAAAGUUCAGCAAAAGCAGAUGAGGACAAUAAUGUGACUUUUUACCUGAUGAUAACUUUGGGCUCAGUUUCAGCACUUUUUCUCAUCAGUAUCAUUGUGCUGAUUGCAAUGCAGUGCUCAAAAUCCACAGACUAUACUUCUAAAUAUCUACAAGAGACUAAUUAUGAUGGGACGCUGUGUCACAGCAUCCAGUACAGAUCUGGAGACAAACGCUACAUGUUAGUUGGACCCAGAAUGAGUAUAGGAUCUACUAUAGUCCCAGGUAGCCAUGCGAAUACACUAGUGCUUCCUGACAGGAGGAGAACUUCUGAAGAGGUAAGAUUAUUUAAAUGCACACUGUGA